AUGGCUUGGAGAGCCCCUGAUAAUCUGAGAUUCUACAUGCAGGAAGCGCGCCUCGUGUCCAUUAAUUGGAACUCAUCUCAGCCCAGCGUUGACGCCGCUUUACAUGCUCUUCCCCGCCGAUACAGGAAACUAAGAGCAAUCCAUCCACUUCGGCUCGCGCUUUUCAACCAAUAUUGUCAAGACUGUACGAGGACAGAGGAUUUUGUUCCGUGCGUGUCGCUCGGUGAAGAAGACGAGGAUAAAGAAACGGGCGAACGCUUCACGGUACCUUGCCCACCUUUCUAUCAAGUUCCGUCUAUCAGUCUGGCCCGGGCUGAUAGCCUCAAGCGAUUGUUCACGUGGAUAGAUCUUCUCCCGCUCGAAACCGUGCGACGAGCCGUGCAUCUCCUCUACCCUGAGACAAAAGCUUGGUCUUUUGCUUCUGACGCAGAUGACCCGGAUCACACCAUCUUCAAAUGUAUAACAUGGUCCCAACUAGUGGACCAUGACGAUGAGCGGCAUUGUCGGAAUGCCAUGAGCAUCUUCAUUCAGCCCCCUUGGGUCCUUUCUGGCCGUGAUCUUGACCUAUUUUGCAAACGUCAAUCAGUAUGGACGGCUAACGAUUUCGAAGCGUUCGCUGCUAACGUAUGUCGGCAGUUCUUCGGAUCAUCCUCAAGCCCGUGGCACGCGCAUCCUACUACAGCCCAUGAAAGGCUAUGGUACAAGCUAUGGGAUUGCUGUAUCACUAGAAGCUGCCCAUGGUUUGUCGUAAGCACUUACACGCAUUGGGUCUUUGGAGUAUUCUCGAACGGGUGGACUGCAGCGUUUGUCUCCCCAGUGUAUAGCCAUGACUCUCACGACCCAUCUGUUUUACAACUCCUGCUAUUCUGGCUUUGUUCAGCAAUGGGGCUUCCUGGAGGUUGGGUGGUCCCAGAAGUUCGAAUUGAACCAGCUUAUCCUAGUCAUCAUCUCACAGCCUCAGUCUCCGAUCUCGCCGUCACUGAUAAGUCGAUAUUUACCCUCUGGGAUGGAGAUGACUAG